UGCACGCUGUGUCCACUGCUCGCCGGUGUAGCAGGAUUAUCUCGGCGGCUAGGAGAGGGGACCACACCGUCGCUUGUAGCCGUUGGUCGGCUACCAAUAGCGGCAUCAAGUGGAGGAGAGAACCGUGAUGGCAUGUGGUUCACAGACGGUGUUAACGGUUAAUUUUCACAUGGAGAGAAACGGCACAGGGGAGCCAGUGUGAGCCCGAAGAUUAUGUCCGGAGCUGGCUCUGCUGCUGGGGAGAAAAGUUUGGAAGAAGGGAUACGCUCAAAUCAGCGGCGGUGAAAUGGCGGAGCGCAGCGGCUGCGAUGUCCUCAGCAUCCCGGUGCCCAUUCGCCGCGGCGGCUCGGAGUCCAACCUGGACGUGGUUGACGGUGUUGGGCACGACGGCGUGGGUCUGGAUUUCACCAAAGGAGCGCUGGGAAUCGACAGCCUGCAGCAGAAGAUCCUCAAGGUGACGGAGCAGAUUAAGGUGGAGCAGACGGCUCGGGACCAGAAUGUGGCCGAGUACCUGAAGCUUAUGAACAAUGCCGACAAGCAGCAGGUGUCGCGGAUACGGCAGGUGUUUGAAAAGAAGAACCAGAAGUCUGCGCAGACCAUCGGUCGGCUGCAGAGGAAGCUGGAGCAGUACCACCGCCGCAUGAAGGACAGCGAGACCAACGGGAAGCACAGCCAGAAAGACAGCGGCGGCAAGGAGUCCGGGACUCACAGCAAAGAGGGCAGCCUGCGGGACGUCAGCACCACCGGGCGCCACCAGGCGCUGGAUAAGGUGAAGACGGUCGGGCCCGGCGUGUCGCUCUCACCUCCAUUUUUCUUCAGCAAGCCGCGGGAGUUCGCCAACCUCAUCAGGAACAAGUUUGGCAGCGCUGACAACAUCGCUCACAUGAAAAGCUCUAUGGAAACGGGGUCAGGGCUGCAGGUGGAGGGCGGCGCGAGGGGUCUGAGUGGCAGCGCUACCACAGUAGCCAAGGCGACCAAGUACCAGAGCGACGAUGAGUGUUCCACCGGGACGUCUGCGUCAGCUGACUCCAACGGGAACCCGGCAGGAGGAUCGGGGGCGGGGUCAGGGGGGCCAGGGAGGUCGGACUCCAGCGGGCGCCUAGUGGAGGUGCUGGACAUGGUGCGGGACAUCAGGGAUGCUCAAGCGCAGCUGGCAGAGGACAUGGAGACUCUGAACACACAGUUUAAACGAGACUACAACUACUUCACGCAGGUGAUGCAGGAGGAGCGAUACAGGUAUGAGCGGUUGGAGGACCAGCUGAAUGACCUGACGGAGCUGCACCAGCACGAGACCAGCAAUCUGAAGCAGGAGCUGGCCAGCAUUGAGGAGAAGGUGGCCUACCAGGCCUAUGAGAGGGCCAGGGACAUACAGGAGGUGCUGGAGUCGUGCCAGACUCGCGUGUCGAAGCUCGAGCUCCAGCAGCAGCAGCAGCAGCAGACCAUCCAGCUGGAAGACACGGACGCCAAAGUGCUGCUGGGCAAGUGCAUCAACAUCAUGCUGGCCAUCGUCACCGUCAUCCUGGUGUGCGUGUCCACUGCGGCCAAGUUCACCGCCCCGCUGCUGCGCAGUCGCCUCCACUUGGCACUCACCUGUGUGGGCGUGUCCCUGCUAGCGCUGCUGUGGAAGAACUGGGAACAUUUGCAGUGCGCUUUGGAACGAUUGCUCCUCCCACACUGAGACCGGUGUGUCCAAAAUUUGGUGGGGAGGAAAUCAACAUGUAGCCUUACAUGAGCCGAUGAUUCUGGGCUCCACAGUGACUCGGUUUAAGGCUCUGAGCCUCACCUAGAACACGUAAGCUGACAUAAAUGCUCAAGACCUGAACUGAAACUCUCUGAAGGUGCACACAUGAAAACGUGGCUGCUCUGCUGCAGAUCUGCGGGGCCAACAAAAGAUAAAUCGGCUCAGCUGCUUUCAUCUGGUCACCAGGAGACUCUGGUGGCACCGGCAACACACAUACACUAAAGUCUAAAUAUAAAUGAGCGGGAUUACAUCAGGGCAUGGAAUAACACGUUAUUUUUUUCCUGUCCUUUAAAGGGAAGUGUUUCUGUUAGAGCACCACCUCCACACAAACUGGCAGUUAUGUCCAAUGGACCUGAUUUGAAUGUGCACACCAAGCUCGCUGUGACAAACACAAACACACAUCCACCUGAAGGUUCAUUCGCACCGCGCCUCUCUCUCGCUGCUGUUCUGUAUUUAUGUGAGGUUUCUUUAAUUUCAGCAUCUCCUUCAAAGCGACAGUUUGAAGUCUGGGAUUGCACAUUGUUUUAACCUGUUUUCUAUCAGUGUGUAAUUCUGUGUAUUCGUGUGCGUUGUGCACCUGCUCGUGUGUCUCUGUACUGUGUUUCUUCAAGGACCAGUUAGACAUUUUGGAAGAUAGGCUCAAGUCUGGAUGGUAGAUGUGCAGCUACAGCCUGGAGAGAUCAUUAAUGGAUGUGCUGUGAAAGAAUUACGCUCGCCUUCUGAGAAAUCUGCUGUAAGAAAUUAAAACCUUUAAGCUACAGCUGCAGUGAAAAGUGAUGCUCAAACCUGCUUUUAUCGCCCUCCUUCGUUUUUAUUGCCCAAAUCUGACCUCUCACAGGGACUCGCAGUAACUAAAUGAUUAUAAAUUUGAAAAAAUACUCCUAAUUAUGAGUUAAUUUAAUGAAUUAGCUUCAUGAUUCUGCUCACCUCAACUGCCUGCUUUUUUCCCUGAUCCAUAUUUUUUAUUGUGCAGUCUUCUGGUGUAUCUUUGAAUCCUCACAAUAAUCCUUAUUUAUCUCAAAGUCAAUCCUCGAUGCGGCCCCUCGGUCACGGUGCUUUCAGAAGCAGCAGCCGCUGCUCAGGAAACGACUUCAGGCAGUUAUUUUAAAGCCUGACCAGUCCAGUUUUGUCCAAAAUGAGCUUAAAAUGCUCACAUUCCUGCAAGUUAUGUUUUUAUUGGUGUUUUAGUCCAGAGCUCCGACCCGGCCCAGUCAACGUUUCCUGCCAGAGCGCUGAACAGAUUUCCUCACAGUUUUUGUUACAGAUGCAGUAAAACAAAAAAAAUUGUUUAAAAUGUGCACACAGCUUUAUCUUUACCACGAUAAUGAUCAGAUACACCUGUCAUUUACUGGGCAACAAAAUGAUGGCCUCUCUAACUCUUUCCACAUAAAGAUGACAUUCGACAAUCUCCACAUUUCCUGUAAUGACACAAAGUUUUGAUACAUCUGUAAUCAAUAAAGAGGCUGUUAGACAAUA